CAGGAGCAGUACGGCACAUUGUGCCCGUGGAAAUAAACGAUGUAGGCAUAAAAGAUUGCUCUUCUCGUAAAAAUAUUCUGAACAGCAUUGGACAGCGAUGAGGGUCUUCCUACUAACUUUCUUUGCCUACUGCGAUGUGAUCUUCUGGGUACCAGUAGACGGCCAUUGUAAACCUGGCGCGGAGUGAGGAGGGAACUGGGACUUUUCGCCGGCACUCCCCACCAGUCGCUGCAGUGGCACUGCAUGUCUGAUGCGAAACAGCAGCUCACGACGCCUAUACAACGGCGACGGUCGCCUUCGUCAGGUCAUCCAAGCUCAAAAAGGCAAGUCGGUUUGCUACUUGAUGCCUAGCGAAGAAGACGAUAAUUGUGAUACUGACGUCAGCAAGUGGUACUACAAUAGGGAAGAAACAAACUGCGUGAAUUUUAUGUACGGAGAAUGUCCAGCGGGAAACAAUAUAUUCAAAACCUCAGAGGAGUGCAAUGCGGCUUGCCAAGGCGCAGGAAGUGGACCACCGAAAGCCGCAACGUCCAAGUGGGCCAACAAAGCAGCCUCCACGCCAUCCACCUUCCAAGGGUCGUCCACCGUGGAAGAAACCCAAGUAUCCUCCAAAAGGGUCCGAAGAAGAAAAUGAGACGGGAGGCGGGUCGACGAAAGGUCAGGGUGGAGGCGGAUGGAAGCCGCCGAAACGUCCCUCGAAGCGGCCGCCAAGACCCAAAUGGCCACCACAGAGGCCACCGAAAAAAUGGCCAAAGCCACCUUCAAAAGGACCAGGUCGUGGACACUGCGCUGCAAGAAUGAGAAAGAAAAAAGGCUGCGGUGAUUAUGAAGGCAUGUGGUAUAACAAUGGCGAAUUCUAUACUUGCAGUCGGGUGCGAAGAGGGGGCUGCCCAACUCUAGGUUCAUUUUUCGCAACCUGCGAAGAAUGCAUGGAGGCAUGUCACCCGCGCAAAAUCAAGCAGUGCCAGUUCAUGAACUGAAUGUGCGGAGCGAGACAUCUCCAGUCGGAUGCGAUAUGU